AUGAUCUUUGAGCUUGAAGCUGGCUUGCAGUUCAUUGAAGAAGAAUACUCGAGGGAAAUCGUAUCCCUUAGCGACUUCCUUCCGAAAGGUCUCAUCACAUUUCCGCUGAUAUGGACACUAUUUCCUCCCAAUGUGCUAGCCGUUGGUCAGGACGAGUUCAAACAGACAUUCUCGUUCUUUGUGAGAGAAGUGAUUGACAGCGAGGACGAGCAAGGCAACGUGUUUCUCAGCCUGUCCGUUGCUUACCUGGACCAUGAUGGACACGCCCUCAAAGAAAGGACCAGCAGUAACUUUGCCAUUCAUGCCUUCGAAGGUGCGCGAGACAUCACCUCUCUGCCAUUCUACCCCCUGGAUAUGCACAAGGAACCGGAACAAACGAAGCAGUACUUGCUGAAGAAUGCUGAAGCCGCUAAGAAAGUCCACGGACGACACCUUGUCGAGUACACAGGACAUGCUCUUCGUGAAGGCAAAGACAGACUGGUGAAAUUCAACAGCCAUGGAAGAGUCAUGAUCGAUCCGGUGACUCUCGUCGAUACUGCACCAUCAAACACGCUUUUGCCGGAAUACAUGGAAGCCAUCAAGACUACGAAUCUUUCGCAGGAGCAGAUCAUGACGAUCUCACCAAAGCUGUAUGGCUUCAGCCUAGGAGAUAAAACAUGGGGUACGUUGAUUCCGGCUUUGUGGCAGGAGCUCAUAUCUAACCUGGAAAUAGGAAUCUUCGCGGUCACCAACAUACACGAGGUGGUCUGGAACGAUUCAGUCUUUGAUGCAUUGGUUCUAGAACAAGACCGAAAAGACCUUAUUCACGACCUAGUACAGACCCAUCGAACAGUGGAUGAUACUUUCGACGACUUUGUCCACCUCAAGGGAAAGGGGCUCGUCGGACUACUUGCUGGCCCCCCAGGUGUAGGCAAAACAAUGACCGCGGAAGCGAUUGCAGAAGUUGCGAGACGUCCACUGUACAUGAUCAGUUCUGGGGAGCUUGGGGAGACCGUCGAGGACAUCCACGAUAAGCUGAAAGCCAUCUUGGAACUGGCCGAGCUCUGGGACGCGGUGGUCCUCUUGGACGAGGCAGAUGUGUUCCUGAGCCAACGUACCGACGCCGACCUGUCUCGGAACGCUAUCGCUUCCAUCUUCCUCCGAGAACUCGAAUACUACCAGGGCAUCUUGAUCCUCACGACCAACAGGCUCACGAGUUUCGACCAUGCAUUCCAAAGUCGAAUCCACUUCUGCAUCCAGUAUCCAGAACUAAGCGAUGAAGGAAGAGAGUCCAUAUGGAGGAGUUUCCUCGCACGCACAAAACAAAACCCCAAGCUGGUGGUUGAUCUUGAUGAGGAUGAGUAUCGUUGCCUAGGUGCACUGAAGCUGAAUGGUCGCCAGAUCAAGAACAUUAUGAGCGUGUCCCAAUCCGUGGCUGCGAAAAGGAGUGAGCCAAUCACUUUGGAAUUCAUCGAGUCUGCCAUCAAGUUAUGUCAGAACUUUACCAUAAGGGGAAAGGAUGAGAGUAUCUUCGAGACGUAA